GUUAUAGAAUACAUCCUGAAAAUGGCAGAACGCGGCGCACACAUCACAACAGCUUCUCCAGGAGAUGAUCGUCCAUCUAUUUUUGAGGUGGUAGCCCAGGAGAGUUUAAUGGCAGCUGUAAGGCCAGCCUUGCAUCAUGUUGUCAAGGUUAGUGACAUAUUGCUAUGGGUGAGUUGGUGAAAACACAUAUGUGCACACAGUUCUCCCUCUUGGAUUAUACAGUGACUUUUCAUUUCAGAAGAUGUGAUUUUGCUCAAAUUAUGGAGUGUAUAUUCUAUUGUUCAGAAAUCUGGUUUGCUUAAAUGGGAAUUUUUAUUAAAGGGACACUAUAGUCACCAGAACAAUUAUAGUUUAGUUGUUCUGGUGAGUAUAAUCAUUGCCUUCAGGCAUUUUAAUGCAAACACUGCCUUUUCUGAGAAAACGCAGUGUUUACAUUGCCCUAGGGACACCUUCAAGUGGCCACUCCUCAGAUGGCCACUGGAUGUGUUUCCUGGCUUAGUGCUGCACAGUAGGCUGCACUGCCGUUCAGCUGAAUUUUCAUAGAGAUGCAUUGAUUCAAUCCAUCUCUAUGAGGAGGUGCUGAUUGGCCGAAAAAAAUGGGAAAGCAUUGGAUUGGCUAAAAAUCGUCGGUUUGUGAUAAUGUCACCAAGGGUGCAAGCCAGUGCCGGCAGACCCGCGGCGUUGGAAAUGAGGUGAGUUUUUAAAUUGCUUUUAAGGGGGCAAGGGUUUAGCACUAUAGGGUCAGGAAUACAUGGUUGUGUUCUUGACCCUAAAAUGUUCCUUUAAGCAUGACAUUGGUAUGAAAUGUAUCUGGAGCACAGUCUGUUGUGUAUCUGGGAUCUCUCUCUGUCUCUCGCGCUCUCUCUCUUUAUCUAUAUAUAUAUAUAUAUAUAUAUAUAUAUAUAUAUAUAUAUAAACACUUAGCUUGCUUUACUCAUUAUGAUUUGAGAUGUCAUGUUUCUUUAUCUACUGGAUCGUCAUCUGUGUAGUUCAGAUACUGAGUACCACAAUUUCUCUAAUCCAUUUAAGACCAAUUUCCCACUCCUUUAUGAGAAAGCAUACAAAUAGGCUUUUUGGAACAAUUGUAAAAAAAUCAGUUUAUUUACAUAUUAAUACUCUGUAGAUUACAUUUGAGUGUAUUCCCUAAACAGUGAACUGUGAGUUUAAAGGCAAGUCCUAGCUCUAAGUAUGUGAAUUCAAAGGAAAAACCUAGCUAUGCUAUCAUUAUUAAAUUUAUCUUUCUACUAUAAAAUGACAUUUAAGACCACUAAAGUUUCUGAAGUGCGUGUACUCUUUUUCUCAUAUUUCAAAGCGCAGAUUUCAAUAGAAAUUGACAUUUUUAUAAAGAAACUUUUUUACAUUCUCCAGACUGUCAACCAGACAAAAAAAAAUUACUGUUUAGCAGAUAUAACGCCAAUAAAAAAAAAAUUGCAUGCAUUUAAUUAUCAUUUUUAAUUGGUGGCAUAUCUAAAAAUGCUUGAAAAAGCACACCAUUCACACACAAAGCUUUUCAGCAAGCUAAAGUGCUUUAGGGGUCUAGAGUGUCCCCUCAAAUUAAGAGGCAGUAAUUGCUCAGAGCACAUGCUUUGCAAAGACUUCUAAUUGAACUACAAUGGGAAGUCUGUGGUUGGACAGCUUCAGAAAGUUUGGGCUUGGUUGGAAGGGAUGACAUCUGCAUCUUUUGCAAGCUGUUUUUAGAUAUACUUCCAAUGUAAAAUGGAUGCAUUUCUCAUUGGGGUAUAUCUGCUAAAUUGUGAUUUUUAUGUGUGUUGCAUUUGUGCAGUGGAGUUUCCCUUUGUUUUCACUACCACAUUCUUUUGAAAAUAAAUAGUGCAGGCAUACCAUUCAGUUUAAUAAAAACAGUAUGCGUUGCAAGCACUUGAAAUUAAAUCUUUCUCUUUAUUUCUUCAUUCUUUAUAGAAAUUGCGGGCACAGUUAACACAUUAUUAUCCCUUGUAUCACAAUCCUUUUGACAGCUUCAAACUAAUUGGUACAGAUAGGCAGAUGCAAUAUGUAAAAAAUAAUUGUUUGUGUUGUAUGUGUUCAUUUUUAGUUUUUUUCCACAUUAGGAAGGCAUAUCAACAAAGGUUUAUGUUUAGCUGGAAAUAAUGUCCAAAGCCUUCUGCCAUGCAUGCUUUCUGAGGUAUGGCUAUAUGAUCUCUAUUUCGCAGGUUCUUGCAGAAUCCAAUCCUGCACGUUAUGGCACUUUGUGGAGAUGGUUUGAUGAGCUUUAUACCUUGCUGGACCUGCUUCUACAGCAGCACUACUUGUCCUGGGCCAGAGCUUCAUUCUCUGAAAACUUUUAUGGAUUGAAGCGGAUGACAGAAGGAAGUAAGAGUGGCCUUCGUCCUCUUAGAAGGAAGGAGUACUGGAAGUCCCUGCUUCUUCUGGUACUUGUACCUUACCUGCGGAUGAAGCUGGAGAAGUUUGUGAACAAGCUGAAGGAAGAAGAGGAUUACUCCAUACACAACACAACAUCUUUCCGCAAAAGAUGGUAUAAAGCUAUCCUCGCAACAUACCCCUUUGUGAAAUUUGCUUGGGAAGGUUGGUUUUUAUUCUACCAGCUACGAUAUAUCCUCUGGAAUGCCAGGCACCAUUCUCCACUACUUAAGAUAGCUGGAGUACAGCUGACAAGGCUAACGUUAGAAGAUCUACAUGCCAUGGAGAAGACCACGGCAAAAACCUCAUCAGGGCAAGCUAAUGAUAGGUAAGUUGUUGAAGAAAACUAAUGCAGUUUAAGUGAAAACAUAGCUAGGUGAUACUAUCCUGAUCAAACCGUAGCAUUAACUAAUGGGAUAGCUUCUCUCAAUCACAGCAGAAAACUCUGAUAUUUGUAUAAAUAUUCUGCCAACUCCGUAACAGACAGUGUUUUCCUUGCACUCGAUAACAGUAAAAUGUAUCCUGGUUUAGACGGCCAGGUUAUUUUAUCCUCACCAGAUAUUAUUUAUCUGAAAAAGCCCACCUAGGAAAAAGGAAAGCUUAACAUCUAUUUCUUUGCAGACCCAAUUUAUACAGCCCUUGUAAAGCUUUCUCCCUGGGUGCACUCCUUUUAAUAUCUGGGGUUCUCCCCUUAUUCCAGGGCUCCACAAAUCCCAGGCACCAGGUCGACAUGGCAACUAGAAAUUUCUCCCUGGCGCCUGGGAUUUGCCAGCUCUGCGGGAAAUAUUGGAGCUGUGAGCACCAUGGAGGUGGCCGGCUGAGGCAGCAUAGAGCCAGCCGCCCACGGGUGCUUUGUUGGCGGCGCGCGAGGGAGCAGUACUUUGCUUGCAGCUCCAAUCUUCUCCCUUGCGUUGUUUAAUGAUGCUGGGAGUUGGAAUAUGAUGUCACACCGGCCCCGACAUCAUUACAGAGAGCACGAGGGAGCAGAUUGGAGCUGCAGGCAAAGUACUGCUCCCUCGCUUGCCGCCUACAAUGCCCAGACGGGCGGCUCUAUGCUCCUCAUGCGCAGGAAGAUAAUAGCCCCACUAGACCCCAGGGAAAGGGAGGGAGGCUGAGUGGGUUUCAAUGAAAACAAAAAUGAGCGUGUGUGAGCCUGUCAGGGUGAGUAUCUGAGUGUGUGUCUGUCUGUCAGAGUGAGUGUCUGUGUGUGCCUGCCAGAGUGAGUGUGAGCGUCUGUGAGCCUGUCAGUGUGCAUGCAAGCCUGUUGUCAGAGUGUGGGCGUUUAGGCACCUGCUCCCUCCGAUCGCACGAGGAACGUGUUUUACUCAGGAAAGCAUUGGGAGGAUUUCGUGCAUGCGCAGCAAAUGUGCCAAUCCCCAUCUCCUGAUAGAGAGACCCUGAACGUGGCGCAGCAGUGACCCUCUAGUGGCCGUCUCAGUGACUGUCACUAGAGGUGUUACUAAGCAGCAAUGUAAACACUGCCUUUUCGCUGGAAAGGCAGUGUUAAGCCUGCAGGGACAGGCUAUAGACACCAGGACAACUACAUCAAAUUGUAGUGCUUCUGGCUACUAUAGUGGCCCUUUAAGAAUUGCAUUUUUCUCAUUGAAAAUGACUGGCUACUAACUUUUUUUAGCUGGCUCCUAGAUUCUAAACAAAGUUGUCAAACCUUGCCUUAUUUCAUCAUUAAGGAGAUGACAGUGGUUAUAUGGGCUUUAUAAGGAGAUUUAAACAGUUUAGUCUGACAGAUUAUCAAAUCCCAAAUUGCUGCUGGGACAUAGGAUGCAGUUCAGCUGCUUGGUUUGGUUUUUCAGGUAAGUGUAUUUGUAUUAUGUGUCUUCUUCUAGUUCUUUUAAACUACCAGGGAGGCAUUUCUGCACCCAUAUAUAAAAAUCGGCAAUCUUUUAAAUGGCCACAAAGCAAGCUGAAGUGCUUUAUUUGCAACAAAAACAGACUGUGAGAAAUCUUAAAACAAAAGAAAGCUUAGAGAAACCUCAGUAGCUUGUCCUUUGGUUAGUCCACACUCAGAUCUCAAAAAUGUUUCUGCUCACUUAUGCCAGUACAGAAAUAACCUAUACCAUUUGCAUAUCAGACUGAUCUCACCCAUAAAGGCAGUCCAGAACCAAAAUGCCAGCUAGUUGACUAUGUAAAAAAAAUAUUGCAGCAACCCUGGCUAUCAUAUCGGCCUUCUUUGGUUCUCGUCAGCAAAGUGUAACUGAUACCCCUCUAGGUUCAGUGAGCACAGGGAUUUUAUCUUGGAUUUUGUUCAGUUUUUUUUAAAUCCCUUGUGUGCAUAUCAGAUUUGUUUGGCUACUUUGAUCUUUUAAUUUGAAAUUCCAUUUGCCUAUUCUCACUUUAGUAAAUAACCCCGUGCAAUUUCAAGCAAUACAUUUUGUGUAUGUGUGUUAUAGUUUAUCUAAAUGUUGCAGCUGAAUCCUGUGCCUCUUUUUUUUGUAGCAUGGGUCAACGCAUGAAAGACACAAUGAAGAAAGUGCUUGGUGGUGUAGCCUUGUCUGUAUCCUCCAGCUUAUCACUUGGCGUCUUCUUCCUGCAGUUUCUUGAGUGGUGGUACUCUGCAGAAAACCAAGACACACUCAAAUCCUUGAGUUCUUUGCCUGCUCCCCCUGCCCCCAUACAUUUUGACUUAGAAACAUAUUCCCCUCUUUUGCCCAAGUUAAAAACUGUGUGCCCACUUUGCCGCAAGAUACGAGUCAAUGAUACAGCCCUGGGCACCUCAGGAUAUGUAUUCUGCUACCGAUGUGCAUAUUACUAUGUUAAAACUCACCAGCGGUGUCCAGUGAGUGGCUAUCCAACUGAGCUGCAACAUCUCAUCCGACUCUAUACACCUGAUGGUUGAACCACAGCAUGAACUAAAUAGACCACUUCAUCUUGAUAGACUACUGCUGGCUAAUCCUGAUUUAAAGGUUUAACAGCGCAAGGUUUUAGAGUAAAUGUAAUAGGCAUAUUAAUGCAAAUACAAGAUAAAAACUAGACAGAUAUGCUGGGUUCCAGACUAAGUGGGUAACUUUGACCCAUAGUUUUAUUAUUAACAAUGUGAUUCUUCAGCUUUGAGGUGUCACUUUGAGGGAGGAAUGAGACUAUCCUAUUGCUGUAAUUAUCUUUGGUAAGCUGUGAGAACCAGGGAGGUAGGCAGCACAUGAGAACUGUAUUGAUCAUCCAUCUGCCUCUACUGGUUAAAAAGAAAUGCGCUUGAAGUGACAAAUCAAAAAGAAACAAGCAAACAAAAAUGCUCAAUACGAAGUUUGUUUCAUUGGAAUAGAGAUGCAGAGAACUAAAACUCUCAUUGCGACAGUUUAAUGACAAACCUGAAUAUGUAAGAGAGACACUCUUACAGACUGGACUAUCCUGAAAUUCUAGGGGGUGUUUGUAACCCAAGAAAAAUACUAGGAUAAUGGAUGACAUUUAACUUGUAUCUUUAAAUCUAUUUUCAAGUACCAAUACAUUUAUCCAAUUUACAAAAAAAGUUAGGAAUUCCUGACAUAAUUUUUCAAGAAGACGUUUAAAGAGAUUCUAGAGUGUUAGGAAUACAAAUCUGUAUUCCUAAUACAAUAGUGCCCUCCGGUCCUGUCCCCCCACACCUCCCAUUCCCCAAGUUUAGAAAGGAUUAAAAACCAUUUAAUCACUUCCCUGAUUCCAGCACUGAUGUCCCUUGGUGCUGGGUCAGCACUCUUUCUCUGACAGAGCUGGAGAGGUGAGGGGAGAAAUUGAUCUAAUGCUCAUGAGCAUUAGGCCUUCCCCACAGUAAAGCAUUUGAUCCUAUGGGGUGUGUUAAUGAUGCUGGAUGUCCUCAUGCAGUGCGUGAUGAUGUCUGGCGUCACUUAGGGGACCCAAAGUCAGGUAAACUCCUGGAAGCGUCUCUAGAGGCAGUGUUGGUGCUGCAAUGUAAACAUUGCAGAACUAAGAGGGCCAGGGACAUUGCACCAAAACCACUUCAAUGAGAUGAAGUGGUCUGGGUGCCUAUAGGGUCCCUUUAAGCCUGUUGAUAAACGGCAUAAUAGUAGUUUCCAAUUAAUAAUAAUUAAAAAAAAAACAUUUGUGCUGGGAAAGCAGAAGAGUAGAUCCACAUGUCUAAAAAAAUUUUUUUUUUUAAUUCAUAUUGAAUUAAGCGGCUUUAACAUUCAUAUUGAGUUAGAGUGCUCAAACUCACUUUUACUUCCCAGAUUUUAGGGCAACCAAAAGUUAGCUAUUGGAUAUAUUAGUAUUAUUUUUUUUUCCUUAAUCAUCUUAAUGAAUUUCUUUUUAUUUUAAUUUAUGUGCUUUUACACUUAGCAAGCCUGAGGUAUAAAGGAAUAGCAAAGUUACAUAAUUACCUCUGUAGGUUCCCUAAAUGUGGGGGGUUUUAUUGUUGGCAUUAUUAUAGCACCGAGAGCGCAACCCACCUAUUCAAGGACCACCUGGUGAGCAAUCAUGUGGGUAAACAGUGUGUUGGGGGCGCUGCCUUAGUUAGCAUGUAUUUUGUUCUUUAGAAUGAGAGAAAAUACAUUUAUACGUGCACACCUUUGCUCUGCUAUUGCUUAAGGGGACCUACUGCGUAGAGUUCAUGUUGCCACUAAAUUAAGGGUACUUUUGCACACGCAACCACCCAUGAAUUUCCAUACAUGUGACUUAUUAAACUUACAUGCAGAAUUAAACCAUACAGUUAUCACUUUGGCCUAAAAUUGUUAUAGUUCUUAAUUUAAUUCAUUGGCUAAAGAGCUUUGGCUAAUCCCAAGUUGUUAAAGGGGCAGUCUAAGCAUCAUAAUCACAAUAUGAUGUUGUAUUGGUUACGGUGCUGCAAGCCUGUAGUUGUUACCCUCAGGUAUCCAUGGACUGCUUGCCUAUUGCUAAUGUGGAUUUUCCACUUUUCACAUGUUCAUGUGCUCAACCUAUAACAGUUAUAUAAUGUAAUAUAAUAUUGUUAAAUAUGAAAGUAAAAAUUCCACUUUAACAAAAUAACAGGAGGCCUUAAUUUUUGUCAAAUCAUUGGAAAAUGGUUCGAUCUAGAACUGAGAAAAGGCAGCUGCAGUGUAACACCACACAGUGGUUAUGGUGCUUAGGUCUUUUAAUAAUUCCUUAUAUGGAGACAUGUUGGAAUGUCUUAUACAGCAACAAUGUUAGGAACAAUUGUGCAUUUUAUCAUUGUACUAUCUACUGUUUUGUUGUCAUUAAAAUUGUUAACUUCUAUUAUGUUAUUUCUUGUGUAUGCACU